GCGCGAGGGCGGCGCCUGCGCCCUGCGGUCUAACAGCCGCCGGUUCAGUGCGAGGAGGAGGGCUGCCGCUGCCGCUGCCGCACAUGGGGGGUAAGAAGAAAAGGAAAUCCGAGCCUCUGCCGCCGCCGGGGCCCAGCGGUCAGGCUCCGGAAGGGGCCCAGCAACCGUCGGAUGGCAAAAAGCAAACGCCGCGGCCUCCUGUCGCCAGAGUGGCCGCUAAAGAGAGCAAAGGUCCAAAGACUUACAGCUUUGGUGCGACAUCCAGAAAUGAAGCAAGCGGAAAUUUGGACAAAUCCGCCAUCAAGGUGCUCAUUGAACCUGAGUUGGAGCAAAGAAUUAUAAGAUUAAUCAAUCAAUUUAAAAAGGAACAAUGCUGGUCUGGGACAAUUUCUGGCAGGCUAACAGCUAAAAAACUACAGGAUCUCUAUGGUGCUUUGCAAAAUUUUUCAUUUAAGACUGAGCACAUCGAAGAAGCGAUGAAAAAUACUGUUAUCUAUGGUGGGGAUCUUCAUUCUGCUUUGGAUUGGUUGUGUUUAAAUCUUCCUGAUGAUUUAUUGCCUGAUGGAUUCAGUCUGAAGCUACAAGAAGACGAAGAGGAGAAGACAAAGGCCAAGUCUAAGACCAUGCAGAAGUCUCCUGUGGAACCUGCUAUAAAAUCUCAAGUGUCUGAGGCCACAGCACACAAAGACAAGCCUCAGGCACAGACAAAGGGAGUUGGUGUGAAGCAGUGGAUUUUGCGUUAUGCUGAAGAAGUAAGUUAUGAUGAUGAUGAGCCGCUGGUGGCUGAUGUUCAAUUAUCGGAAGAAAAAUCUGAAGAGGAAGAACACUUUGACCCAAAUGAACUUUACCUGGAGCUGGUAGCAAAACUCCAGGAUGUCAAAGAACGGGCUUUAACCUUUAAGCAAAAUAACAACAGACAAGCUCAAAGAGAAGCAGGGGACAGGAUAAAAAUACUUCAACGGGAGAUGAAACAAUUGGAGACCCAUCCUGCCUUUGAGCGGUCAACUAAGAUUCAAGAAGUAAAGAUACCUAACAAAAGUUCAACUUCCCAGCCGCUAGACAGUAAGAGUGAAGAUUCCCUCAAUUUACGUAUGUUGGAAGAUUGUGGGGCAAAAGUAAAAGAGGAAGCAAAAAAUGCACCAAAGGAUGUGAGGAACUUCGACUAUAAUGCACGAAGUUGGACAGGCAAAUCUCCCAAGCAGUUUUUGAUUGACUGGUGUCGGAAGAAUUACCCCAUCAGUCCAGCUCCUAGCUAUCGCAAAAUCCCUGCCGGUCGAUUCUGGAAGAGUAGUGUGCGGGUACACAGGGAGAAGGAUGGAAUACUAGAGGUGUGCCCCACAAUUCUCACUGAGGACAGUAUGCAGGCCCAACAUCUGGCAUCUACACUGGCUUUAUGGCAUCUAGUAAGAGGCCAGGCAAUUCAUCAGUUACUGCCCCCUACAUAUCGUACUGUCUGGCUUGAAUGGAGUGAUGCUGAAAAGCAAAAAGCUGAAAAAAGGCAAACUGAAAAAAAUAAGCCCCGCGAACAGUUUAUCACCAGGCUGCUAAAUACACUGAAACAGCAGCAACCAUCCCGACAAACCUCAUCAACAGUGGAAGAUCCAGAGGAUUCGUGGGAAAACCUGGUGUCUGAUGACUUUGAAAACAUCUCAAUUAACAAGGACAAGUCAGACAAUUUGAAAAUAUCGAGGAAUAUUUAUAAAAACCUGCAGCGUUCUUCACAAUUUCGGGAACUUUUAAACGAAAGAGAAUUGUUACCAGUGUUUCAACACAAAACAAGAAUUCUGGAAACUCUGCGGCGACAUCGGGUGGUGGUUGUGGCCGGUGAGACAGGCAGUGGGAAGAGUACUCAAAUACCUCAGUUCCUGUUGGAAGACUUGCUGUCAAGCGAUUCUCCAAAAUGUAAUAUCAUUUGUACCCAGCCUCGAAGGAUUUCAGCAGCGAGCCUCGCAACACGAGUCUGUGACGAACUUGGUUGUCUAGAAGGCCCUGGAGGAAAAAACUCACUUUGUGGCUACCAAAUCAGAAUGGAAUCAAAAGUUGGCGAAUCAUGCAGGCUUUUAUACUGUACCACCGGUAUUCUCCUGCGCAAACUACAACAGGAUCAGCUUCUUUCCACUGUGUCCCAUGUAAUUGUGGAUGAGGUUCACGAGAGAAGUGUUCAUUCAGAUUUUCUUUUAAUAAUCUUGAAGGAAAUAAUGCAAAAGCGUUUGGAUCUGAACCUGGUUCUAAUGAGUGCAACUGUUGACAGUGGUAAAUUUGCUAAUUAUUUUGCACACUGUCCUAUUAUCUCAAUUCCUGGGAGACUUUAUCCUGUUGAGGUAUUUCAUCUGGAAGAUGUGGUAGAAGCAACGGGUUACACUUUGGAACAAGACUCCGAAUAUUGCCAAAGAUUCUUGGAGGAGGAGGAAGAAGAAAUUAAAGUAUCAGUCGGUGGCAAAGGAGGAAAGACUUUUCAGCAUCAGGAAUCUUUAUUUAAAAGUGCUGCAAUUGGGCCUAACUUUGGAGCUUACCUUGAAGACUAUAGCAUGCGUACUCGUCAUGCUACUGUUUACAUGAAUCCCAAUAAAAUAAACAUGGAACUUAUCUUAGAGGUGCUCCACUUCUUGGAUAUAAACGCUCAGUACAGUGCACUCAGUGGUGCUGUGCUGAUAUUUUUACCGGGUUUAGCUCACAUUCAACAGCUUCAUGAUCAUUUAACUGCAGACAAAAGGUUCCAAGACAGGAGGAGAUACAAAGUGAUUGCUCUGCACUCCAUCCUUUCAUCACAAGAUCAGGCUGCAGCAUUCACAGUCCCUCCACCAGGAGUCAGAAAGAUUGUUUUAGCAACAAACAUUGCAGAAACUGGAAUCACCAUUCCUGAUGUUGUCUUUGUCAUUGAUUCUGGGAAAACUAAGGAGAACAGGUAUCGUGAAAGUAGUCAAAUGAGCUCCUUGGUGGAGACAUUUGUCAGCAAAGCUAAUGCUCUUCAACGACAAGGCCGAGCUGGACGUGUGCAAGAGGGAUUCUGUUUCCGUUUGUACACAAAGGAAAGGUUUCACAGCUUCAUUGAUUACUCAGUCCCAGAAAUCUUACGAGUGCCUCUGGAAGAACUUUGCCUUCAUAUUAUGAAGUGUAAUCAUGGAUCUCCAGAAGAGUUUCUAUCCAAAGCCUUGGAUCCACCGCAAGCCCAGUCCAUCGGUAAUGCAAUGAAUCUGUUGAAGAAGAUUGGGGCCUGUGAGAUCAACGAAGCCAAACUGACCCCAUUGGGCUUGCACCUCGCUGCCCUUCCAGUUAAUGUGAAAAUUGGGAAAAUGCUUAUUUUUGGUGCUAUCUUUGGCUGCUUGGAUCCUGUGGCCACCAUCGCUGCAGCCAUGACUGAAAAAUCUCCAUUUGUUACUCCAUUAAGUAGAAAAGAUGAAGCAAACCUUGCAAAGGCAUCCAUGGCAAUAGCAAACUCAGAUCACCUGACACUUUACAAUGCAUAUUUGGGUUGGAAGAAUGCUCGACAUACUAGUUAUCGUACUGAGAUGGCUUACUGUAAGCAGCACUUUCUGAGUCGAACUGCACUUCUAACAAUGCAGGAUAUUAAACAAGAACUUAUCAGGCUAGUUGAGAUUGCAGGUUUUGUGGCACCAGGAGCCAGAGGGGCAAAGCAUCAUAGUUGGGAUAGAGAGUCAUCAGUUGGAGUUCCUAAAAAGAACUUGUCACAACAGGAGAUCUCACUUCUUAAAGCUGUAUUGGCAGCAGGAUUAUAUGAUAAUGUUGGGAAAAUCAAAUACACCCCAUCAGUGGACAUUACUGACAAGAUUGCAUGUUCUGUCGAAACUGCACAAGGCAAAGCACACCUCCAUCCUUCAUCUGUGAACAAGGACCUGCAGUCCAAUGGCUGGCUAUUGUUUCAGGAAAAGGUAAAGUAUGGAAAGAUAUAUCUGCGAGAGACCACUGAGAUCUCAUCUUUUCCAAUCUUGUUGUUCGGAGGCGAUAUACUAGUCCAGCACCAUAAAAGAUUGCUCUUGGUAGAUGGCUGGAUAAAAUUCCAGGCUCCUGUAAGGACUGGAAUCAUUUUUAAGGAGCUGAGAGCCUUAAUUGACUCUGUUCUCACGAAGAAACUUGAAGAUCCAAAAUUGUUUCUUGAAGAUGACCAAAUAAUACAGACCAUUGUGCAACUGAUCCAAACUGAGCACACUAAUUGAAAAUUUCCUGCCAUGCAACAUUUCUGUAGAAAUGGCAAAUAAUGUAUGCUGGUUAUUUUUAAAUGUGCAUUGGGCACAGAGUUAUACUUGGUUAAUUGAUGAAUGGAAUAUUGUGAUUUUGUUUCUUAGUUAUUUUAAAAACAAAAUGAUGCCUGAUUAUCAAUAAAUGUGUUCUUGAUCAUCUAAUUGUGGGCAUUUAUCUGUUACCCAUGUACCGAAACAAUGAAUGUUCAUAAAGGUAUAUGGUGAAGGCGCGCCUAUGUAAUCUAUCAACUUUACUAUGAAAAUGCUAACUAGUAUGCUUGAGUGAUCUGUCUGACAAUACUUUAUAAACCAAUUCCUUUCAUAA